AUGGACAACAGCCUGGGGAGUCUGCUGUCUGGAGGAGACCUGGAGGACUCGCUGGUGGAUUAUCAAUCAAGAGUUAACUCCUCUGCAUCCUAUGAUGACAUCUUCCUCUACUCUGAACUGGACAUUGACUGUGAACUUGAAACUAUUCCAGCAUUUGCACUGAUUUUUUUUCCAGUGCUGUACACUGUGUUGUUUGUGACCGGCCUUGUGGGAAAUGCUUUGGUCGUUUGGGUCCUAAUGGCCUUCAAAAAAGUCAGGGCCAUGACUGACGUCUAUCUGCUGAACCUUGCCAUCUCUGACCUCCUCUUUGUCUUCUCCCUCCCCUUCUUGGUUCAGUACUCCCUGGUGAGCCAGUGGUCUUUUGGCAAUGUCAUGUGUAAAAUUGUCAGCUCAGCUUACUUCAUUGGUUUCUACAGCAGCUCCUUCUUUAUAACCAUCAUGAGCAUCGACAGGUACUUGGCCAUUGUGCGGUCGGUGUAUGCUCUGCGGGUGCGCACGUCCGCCCACGGGGUCAUCGCAAGCCUGGCCCUUUGGGCAGUCGCCAUUUUAGCAUCAGCGCCAGACCUCAUUUUCUUCCGGGAAAUGGAAGACAGCAACAGGACCGUGUGCCUGCCUCGCUAUCCUGGUAGCAACAACGGCUGGAAGAUUUUCAGUAAUUUUGAAGUCAAUGUCCUGGGGUGGCUGAUCCCAGUGGGCAUCCUCAUUUUCUGCUACCACAACAUCUUGAAAAACCUGCGGCGGUGUCACACUCGCAACAGGUACAAAGCAAUGAAGCUGGUUUUCGUUGUCGUCAUUGUGUUCUUCCUUUUCUGGACCCCUAUCAAUGUCGUGCUCUUCCUGGACUCCAUGAGGAACAUGCACAUCAUCGACGACUGCCAGGCAAGCCAAAGGCUCGACCUAGCCCUGGAGCUGGCUGAGGCGCUCUCCUUCGUCCACUGUUGCCUCAAUCCCAUCAUCUACGCCUUCGUGGGUGAGAAGUUCAAGAAGUAUCUCUGCGAGGCUUUUGGCAAAUAUGCACGUUUUCUCUUGAUCUGCAACGACUACAGCGUGUUCCACAGGCACAAACUGGACAGGCACUCCUCUGUGCACAUGGUGUCCUCGCAGUCAUCUUUUGUUGGUAGUGUCUUGUAG